AUGGGAGGGCUCGUGAUCAAGCGUGCCUAUAUCUUAGCAAAACAAAAGGAAGAAUUCCACGCACUGGCAGAUCGUAUUAAAGCUAUUGUCUUCCUCGCGACCCCACAUCAAGGCGCAGAUCUUGCCCAGGUACUGAGUAGGAUCCUCAACCUAACGCCAGGAUCCCGACCGUUUCUCGCUGAUCUACACCGCAAUUCACUUGCAAUACGAUCCAUCAAUGAUGAAUUCCCUCAGUACUGCCAAGAAUUGCAGCUACGUUCUUUCUAUGAGACGUUACCCACAAGCUUCCACAUUGGGAAGAGCAUGGUCGUCGACAAAGAUUCCGCUACCUUGAACUAUCUUAAAGAACGUUCAGCUUAUUUGAAUGCGAACCACAGGGAGGUCUGCAAAUUUUCUAGUCAGGCCAAUCCGGACUAUCAGACAGUAAGAAAUGCACUGGCGUCACUAGUCGACGAGGUCAGAGGAAAAGCAAUUGGCACCAAGAAAGGACUUGAUAUUGAACAGAGACGCCUUCUCGACAGCUAUCUCGGAGUAUCGGACACUCCUGAGGACGACCUGAUGGGUAUAGAUACUAUGCGGAUGAAAGGUUCUUGCAAAUGGUUGAUGCAAAAAGACAGCUUUCAACAAUGGCGUGAUUCGAUGAAUACGCAGUUGUAUUGGAUCAGCGCAAAACCAGCAACAGGUAAGACCGUACUGACUGGCAAGAUCAUUCACCAUUUAAGGAAUUUGAACCAAGAUCUGGCCUUCUACUUCUUUGACUAUCGUGACAAAGCAAAGACGACUAUCAACUCCUUCCUCCUAUCUGUAGCAUGGCAGAUGGCGCAUAUGCAUAUAGAUGUGUUUGAGUGCCUACUUGAAAUAUUCGGCAAGGAUGACGGGCUCUGCACGGCAGACUAUCGCACCAUAUGGCGCAAAUUGUUCGUAGAAGGUAUAUUGAGGACGAAAAUAAAUCGACCCCAGUACUGGAUCAUCGAUGCUCUCGACGAAUGUAAGGCUGGAUCAGAGCUGGUUUCCAUGCUGCUGAAAACGACGGAGGUGUCUCCCAUUCGUAUUGCACUGACUUCUCGUGACCGUUUCGAGUCACACUUGCAGGUAAUACGUCCAGGACAAAAAGUUGUGUCAGAGGAUAUCCAGGAAAAUGAUACUAAAACCGAUAUCAUACUCUAUCUUGAGGCGAACAUGGACCAAUUGCCGUCAAUCGACGAAGAAGCUCGGCAAGACAUGGUGUCUAAGAUACUGACUAAAUCUGCCGGGUGUUUUCUCUGGGUCAAUUUGACGCUCCAGGAGUUGAGGCGGGUUCAUACUUCCGCUGAGAUCCGUCAGGUGCUUGAGGCCGUACCCUCCGACAUGGAUCAAUUGUACUCCCGUAUACUUGAUUCCAUGGCAUCGGCAAAUUAUGGCAAGAAACUUGCAAAAGCGAUCCUGACUUGGACCGCCUGUUCGGUGCGACCCCUGACAACUAACGAAUUGUAUCAUGCGCUUCAAAUGGACUUGCGUGAUAGUAUUGACAGUAUUGAAAGGUCAAUUGAAUCAAGUUGUGGUCAAUUGGUAUACGUAGAUUCACACUCGCGCGUGCAAAUGGUUCAUCAAACAGCCCGCGACCACUUAUUAAAGGAUGGCGAUACGACUGAGUUCUCGAUUAAUGGUAACUUGGGACACAAGAGACUAUUGAUGACUUGCCUUCGCUAUUUGAAUGGUAACGAGAUGAGGGGCCCUAAACACCGAAGACUUAGCGCUAGUCAUGGUGUAAGGGACAGAUGUUCAUUUGUGAAUUACGCAUGUAAAUCAUUCUUCGAGCACCUGACACGUAUAUCGCCAACGGAUGAUGAGAUUCUAUCGGCUGUCGCUAGAUUUUUGAACUCUUCAAACGUACUCUCUUGGAUUGAGUACUUAGCACAGCACACGAGCCUCAAUCAACUAAUCUUAGCUGGCGAAGCACUGAAGAAAUACUUGCAAAGAAGAUCAAAACAGCUUCCCCUUCUCGGGAAAGAUGUGACUCUUUUGGAUUCGUGGGCCACCGAUCUCGUAAGAAUUGUUACGAAAUUUGGAGAUAAUCUAUUGGCUUACCCACCUGCCAUCUACCGGCUGAUACCACCAUUCUGUCCGCCUCAGACAGCUCCGAGGAAACAAUUUGCAUCCUCUAUGCAUAGUAUUUCUGUCCUUGGGCUCUCUGCUGCAAAUUGGGAUGAUUGCUUGUCCACUAUCGUCAAAACGGACGAGCGAAUGACCGCUCUUGCAUGUUGUGACAAGUACUUUGCAAUUGGCAUGUCGAAUGGAAAUAUUGCGCUUCAUAACCCGAAAACCUGUCAAGAGGUACACAUACUAUCACACUUGGAGUCUGUCCGUGUAUUAGACUUCGGUAAAGGUAUCAACGUUUUCGCCUCUGGUGGUCUCAAAAUGGUCCGCAUCUGGGACAUCAGUAGUUGGCAGCAAGUAAGGGAGUUUAAUAUUGCCUCAAUGUGCAUGUCAAUUGGAUUUCUGGAAGAACAGCAACUUUUACUUGGAGCUCUUAAGAACAAUCAUCUAAUGGUAUGGGAUCUUAUGAAUGGCUCCUUAAGAGAGUCCGCUGACUGGACACUCGAACUCGAUGGCCCAAAUGCUCAUUCUUACCGACGCCCGAUCGCUGCAGCAUUUUGUGAAGAUUGCACACUCUUGGCUGUUUUAUACAGAGGUCAAGAUGUACUCCUCUGGGAUUUGGAAAGAGACGCGCUUCACGACACUUACAACAAAGAAAGCGGCUCCAGUCUUGGUCAAGAAACGAAGCCUACGACAGCUGGAGCCACGCGUCUUCUCUUCUGUGCGGCGCCAAACUCACACCUACUCGCCGUAUCUUACUCGGAUGGCGAUCUUGUAUUGUUCGACACUUCGGAGGGCACGGUUAUGGCAACUACCUGUGCCAACGCACAAACCCUUGCUUGUUCACCUGAUGGCCGAACGCUUGCGAGUGCGAAUGCUGCUGGAGUCAUACAACUAUUCGAUCUCGAGGCCUUGAAACUUCUUUACUGCAUCAGUUCAGAAGAAUACACCAUUCAAGAGCUAGCCUUCAGUGGAGAUAGCCAUCAUUUACUUGAUAUCAGAGGGUCGCAAUGUCGUGUUUGGGACCCCACAGUCUUAGUCAGACAGCACGCCGACCAUGAAAGCAGCGAUACCAUAUCUAUCUCAACCUUCGCCCAAGAUUUCAGCGCCUUCCAUUCGGAUGAUGUAACAUUGAUCACAUCUUUAGCAAUCUACAAUUCCACGGGCACGUUCCUUUGUGGGAAAGAGGACGGGACAGUGUACCUAUAUGAAACCAAAUCUGGCCAGCAAAGCUCUAACCUUUUCAGUCAUGCUGCAGGUGUCGCCAUAUUGUACUUGUACCUAGAGGAGGACAGCAAAAUCGUGACCAGUAUUGACACUUCGAGUCGGGUCAUGGCCCAUAUGUUGAAUCAUUCACAGUCAGGAUGGGGCAAAAGUGCGACUCUAUUUGAUCAGCGAGCAGGAGAUGUGGUGGAUCAAGCCCUUAGUGAUCAUUCGUCGACAAGACUCCUGGUGUGUACAAAGAAAAGAGAUACGCUUUGGUCGAUCCAAGAAGGCGAAAGCAUCAAUAUAAAGGAACUUUUGUGGGAAGAUCGCUAUUCUUACAGGUGGGCUACGCAUCCAGCUCGCCCAGACCAGCUGAUACUCGUCACAAACAAUGUCGCGCAUCUGUACGAUUGGCAGACAUUGAACAAACUCACGAGCGACGACGGUAUCCUGCUUGAAGGGAGCAUACUACCAGAGCUUCAGAUUAAGUCUAUCCUACACUGCCUCGGUGCAACUGUGACAUCUACCACAUUCAGCGAACCAUCCAAAUCCAUUUCAGAAUCCAGACUGCUGCUCUGGAGCACGUCUGACUUCGACGUCAACUCCGCAAGUGCUGCCCCCAUGCCAAAAUACCGUUCUCUGUCAAGCCAGGUCAAGAAUCUGAUCGGAGAGUACGGCGGAAGACUCGUAUUCCUGCACGCCAGCAACUGGGUCUGCUCAGCGAAUUUACAAAGCUCUCGCAUCGAUGACUAUGAUCGCCAUUUCUUCCUCCCAGCUGACUGGAUAAGCACGAACGAGGACAUCUUGUGCAGCAUUGGUUCAAACGGAGACAUCUUGUUUGUGAAGAGAGACCAAGUUGCUGUUAUCAAGCGAGGCUUGGAUCAGGUGGAGCAGGCUUCCAGGGGUUCUGGGACUCGAUCUUCGUUGCUGAGGGGAGCGAGACCUACCCUGACCGUACCGGAGGCCUUCUCACGUAACGAGCGAAAUGCUCAGAUAUUUCUGUUGGAAGAGCUUCAUUCCUUAAUGAGUGAUGUUGCUGUUACCUUUAUUGCUCGCGAGGCCUUGAAAGGAAGCGUACACUUGCAACACACCAGUGAUUGCAGACACCAAGCCAAAUGCAGCCGUGAAGACUAUACCCCAGAUCGCGAUCUUAAUUCCUCGUGCAUUAGUACGUCGAUGUUCAGCGGACUCCAGCCUCUCCUGGAUUUUGGCCAAACGUUCGCCGAAGAAAGGAUACAGCCGAAGGUCAAAUUUCUCUUCGUGACCCAUUCCUGCUUCGAUAUCCACUUCCUGGCGCUUUUCGAGAUGGUAGACGUGUUUGGCAGUCUCGAUAUCUUCAAUAGGCCAAAGCAGAUUGAGCGUCCUACGAAUCUCUGGCAAUAG